AUGGCAUCAAAGAAGCUGUACGAGGAGUUCAGUGACAAUUUUCUCACGUGUCACAUCUGUCUUCACGAGUAUGAAGACCCGCGUCUCCUCCCAUGCUAUCACACUUUCUGCCUGACUUGUCUUGCCCAGCACGUGGCAGCGAGUGGGACGGGAGGCAACAUCACGUGUCCAGUGUGCCGCCAGGAGGCGCCUGUUCCACCGGGUGGGCUGGAGAAACUUGUCCGUAACUUCUUUUUGUCCAAGGUGAAGGACUUUAUGUUGAAAACAGAGAAAAAAGACAAAAUGUGCGGUAACUGUCACUCACAAGUUGCUCAAUUUUACUGUCAAGAUUGCAAACAUUUUUUCUGUGAGAAGUGUCGACAAAAACAGCAUAACGCUAAAAAAAUUCUGCGGGGACACACAAUGAUUUCAGUGUCUGAUCACGAUAAGCAAGUCCAGGAAGAAAUAGACGCUUCGCUAUUUUGUGAUAAACACAAAGGACAACAGUUAACCUUUUAUUGCACAGAUGACGAUGUUGUUGUGUGUCGUGACUGUAUUCUCACCAAACACAACAAACACAACUGUGUUGACAUUGCAGAUGUAGCGGAAAUCCACAAAGUAAAAAUAAAUAGUGCCUUUAAUGAUGUAUCUAAGAACAUUUCACUGUUUGAAAAAGCAGAGUCAGAAAUAUCAAAGCAACAGAAAGAUACAACUAACGCUGUAAACAAAACGGUGGCCGACAUACAACAACAGGAGGCGGAUAUUAUAAAAGAGGUUCAGCGUAUUUCUGCUCAGUUGAUAGCAGAAGCAAUAGACCACGCUGCAACGCACAUGAAGUCACUCGAGGCUGAGAAAGAUCGCAUUCAACUACAGAAAGUAUCCAUCCACAGCACAUGUGAGUUUGCCAAACAGCUUGUUCAACAUGGCUCCCACACGGAGGUGAUGACACACGCUAAAAAAAUCCGAGCAAGGAUGAAAGAACUGAACAAUGUUAGACCCACCGUACAGGUAAAAAGAACAGAGAUAACUUUCAGUAAAGGGAGACUUCCAGUGGACUUCUUUGGUCGCGUGAAAAAAUGGCUAAAUACUGCAUCUUUGGUUGGUGAGUUUGAUAGUAGUAUGAAAGAUGUAUGGGACAUAUCGUGCAGCCAAAGAGGGACAAUAUAUUUAGUUUCUAACAGGCUGGGUAAACUUACAGCAAUAUCACCAUCUCAUAAGGUGAUAUUCCAGGUUGAUGUACCAGAUCCCAGAGGUGUCACCGUGCUCAGUGAUGACAGACUGGUGGUUACAUGUGAUGAUGGAUGCCGAAUGUAUUCUUCCUCCGGGAAACAUGUCAAAACAUUUGGUCAGGGUGACAUUUCUAACCCCCACGGUGUUACAGUGAACAACAAUGGACACAUACUUGUCUGUGACGUGGACAAUAGAUGUAUAUGUGUGUAUGACGCUGUGCAGUACAAUCUUAUCAAUAAGAUAAGUGUUCCUAUGUGUGAAGACCCACUAUACAUUGCAGUGCUCCCAUGUCGUGACACCAUUGUGGUGAGUGACAGUGAUGGACACUGUGUAUAUGGAGUGACCCCCCAGGGUGAUGUAGUGUUCCAGUAUGGUACACCAGGUGAGGGAGGCUCAGGUGAUGGAUACCUGGAUUACCCCUGGGGAGUGUGUACAGACAGCGUGGGGCACAUCUUCAUUGCUGACCAAUCGAAUAACAGGGUGGUUGUUCUGUCCUCAGAUGGCCAACUGUUAAGAUACGUGGUGGGUCAACAACAGGUUUCAAGGCCAACGGGUGUGACCACUGAUAACAAAGGACAGCUUGUAGUGGGGGAGUAUGGAGGCGAGGUGAAAACAUUUCGCUUUGUUCAUUAA